AUGAACGCCGCCUCGGAAAAAGAGCCCGCAUAUCCGGCGCUAAUGGAGGACGAACGCCACAACAAAACCCUCGUCGAGGGUUUUGUAAACAUGUCCACUGUGGAGAUCGGGGGUAACGCGAACAAUGACGACUUCUCCCCUGAGCAGGGCACGCAGAAGGUGCAGGAAUAUGUGGAAAUGGAUGAAGAUGAUGUUCCUAGUGGCAGCCUCGCCGCCGGCGAGCUGAAGGAGAACACAAACAUCUACAAGUCUGCCUUCCAUAUCUUCAAGGCAAACGUCGGCACCGGUGUGUUCCUCCUGCCUACCUUCUACCCCGAUGCAGGCUACGUUGUCUCUGUCAUUCUCGCCAUCUUCAUCAGCGCUGCCGUCCUCGACUGUACGCUGCUGCUGCUGAAUGUGAAGGUGACGAUCAACCGGGGCGAUGUGACCACCUACUCGCAGGUGUGCCGCUACGUGUGCGGCGUCGGCUUGGGCUGGUUCUUGUUUGUUGCCAUGUGUCUUGCGCAGUUCGGCUUCUGCCUCAUGUACUCCCAGCUGUUUGGUGAGACCAUGAAUGAACUCACCACGUUCAGUGGCUCCAAGUACGUGUGGGUGUCGCUGAUGCUCAUCAUCAACUUCCCCAUGACGUGCUUUUCGGACAACCUCUCGCUCCUCGCUAUCGCCUCCAUCAUCGCGACCGUCAGCGUCUUCUACUCGCUCAUCUGCUGCUUUGUGUCAUCGAUUAUUCAGCUCAGCCAGGCUGGUGUGCACCCGGGCUGCAACGUCGCCGGCGACCGCAUCCCUGUGGGCUGGUUCAACAACCUCGCCAACAACAUGAUGGUGCUGGAGGGCAUCGCCAUUGUCCUGCCGGUGCACGCCGCCUGCACGAAGAAGCGACUGGUGCCCAUGAUGGUGACCAUUGUUCUCAUCGGUGUGGUCACCUGGUAUGUGUUGUUUGGUCUGACGGGCUACCUCGCCUACGGUGACUCCAUGACUACCUCACUGGUGGCCAAGAUGGAGCCCUCACCGUGGGGUACGAGCGUGCGCGUGUUCUUCGCGCUCAACCUCGUCUUUACAUACCCGGUGCAGUUCAUGUCAGCAAUGCAGCUGAUUGACCAGACGGUGAAGUGCAGGCCGCGUAGUUGGCUCGGACUUGCCCUUCGCCUCCUCGUCAACCUUAUUAUUUGGGCCCUGGCCAUGGCGAUGCCGACCUCGGCUGUGAACACCGUCGUCGCGUUCGUCGGUGCACUGCCGUCGGUGUGCAUGGUGAUGAUCAUACCGUCCAUCCUCGCUAUGCAGGUGGAUUACGCCGUGGACCACCCCGAUGAGAACCGGAACAAACUGCAGUACUGGAAGAAGAUCUUCGUAACGACGCCGUGCUUCACCUUCAAGCGCCUCCGCUGCUACGUCUACCUGGUCUCGGCGCUGCUCAUCAUGGUCAUCGGCACCUACAGUAUCGCCGAGAAGCUAUAA